AGGGUUAGGGUUAGGGUUUUUAUAUCUGGAGGUGUAUUAUUAGCAGAGAGGGGGAGAGAGAGAGAGAGAUAAAGAGAGCGUGUUCCUGUUCGUCGUCUCUCCGCCGCUCAGCAAAGAUGGGUAUCUCUCGGGACUCCAUGCACAAGAGGCGUGCCACUGGUGGCAAGAAGAAGGCAUGGAGGAAGAAGAGAAAGUAUGAACUUGGGCGCCAGCCAGCCAACACUAAACUUUCGAGCAACAAGACUGUCCGGAGAAUCCGUGUUAGAGGAGGCAAUGUGAAAUGGAGGGCCCUCAGGUUGGAUACAGGAAAUUACUCAUGGGGAAGUGAGGCUGUCACCCGUAAGACACGUAUCCUUGACGUGGUCUACAAUGCCUCUAACAAUGAACUUGUCCGGACGCAGACCCUAGUAAAGAGUGCAAUUAUUCAGGUUGAUGCUGCUCCAUUUAAGCAAUGGUACCUUCAGCACUAUGGUGUUGAUAUUGGUAGGAAGAAGAAGGCUUCUGCCAAGAAGGAAACAACUGAGGAAGGAGAAGCUCCUGUAGAGGAAACAAAGAAGAGCAACCAUGUUCAGAGGAAGCUAGAGAAGCGUCUUCAAGAUCAUAAACUUGACCCCCAUAUUGAAGAGCAAUUUGGCAGUGGGAGGUUGUUGGCUUGCAUCGCUUCUCGCCCUGGGCAGUGUGGUAGAUGUGAUGGGUACAUAUUGGAAGGGAAGGAGCUGGAGUUCUAUAUGAAGAAGAUCCAGAGGAAGAAAGGCAAGGGUGCUGCUGCUUAAGCAAACCGUAUUUGCAGGUGUUUCAUUUCUGCCCUCUUUUGGAAUUAGUUUUCUCCUGUUAUGUUGUUUGUUCCAAGGAGAAUAAUGUGGUUGCUGAUCAGACUUCAAAAAAUUUUGAUAUGCAUUUUGAGUACCCAGAGAUAGUUUUACUUAGGACUACAUUUUUAUGUUCAAUGGAAUGUACUGGUAAAUUCAACCAGGCUUCUUUUAGAUAUAUUACUAAAAUUCAUCAUUGUUUAGUGAUAGCCA